AUGACAUCUGAGGCUCGAGCCACAACAGAAAGAGAAACAUACACAUAGAGUUGACUUAAAUAUGACAAAGUGAAGAUUGCUGUUUGUAGUUUUGCCAUCGUCUCUGCAGGAGCACAGCUGACCACUUCGUCUUGUGCUCACACUGUGCUCCUUCGUUUUCCUCUCUGCGACCAUGGAGGAAGAAGCCGCCAAAGCAACAGAAACCCCGCAGGCCCUGCCUCCUCUCUUGGAGCGGCGAGUUCGCCAGCGAAAGCCUGCAGUUUCAAUCCUCAAAUCAAAGCUGAUGCAAGGGGUAAAAUGCUCCGUGCCCAGAGUCCGAUCCACCCUGGCGGGCUUCUUCCCUGUGGUGCGGUGGCUGCCUAAAUACAAGCUCAAAGAGUAUGUCUGGGGUGAUGUGAUGUCUGGGAUGAUUGUGGGUAUCAUCUUGGUACCACAGGCCAUUGCCUACUGCCUGCUGGCAGGAGUGGAGCCCAUCUAUGGUCUAUACACCUCAUUUUAUGCCAACAUCAUUUACUUCCUCAUGGGGACAUCCAAACAUGUGUCUGUGGGCAUCUUCAGUCUCAUGAGCCUCAUGGUUGGACAGGUUGUGGAUAGGGAGGUGUUCCUGGCAGGUUUUGACCUAAAUGAGGACUCAGCAGUGUCUAAUCCCGAUGCCAUUAAUGGUACACUAGGCACAAACCUCACACUUGGUAAAGUUCACACUGUGGAGCUCAUGGGUAUGCAGUGUGGGAAGGAGUGCUACGCCAUCAGUGUUGCUGUUACUGUUACAUUCUUGGCUGGUAUCUACCAGGUUUUGAUGGCAGUGUUUCGGCUGGGAUUUGUUUCGGUUUACCUUUCGGCCCCCAUGCUCGAUGGCUUUGCCACCGGAGCCUCCUUCACCAUCCUGACCGUGCAGGCUAAAUACCUGCUGGGUCUAAAGAUUCCUCGUCAUCAAGGCUAUGGCACAGUGGUCGUUACCUGGAUCAACAUCUUCUCCAACAUUCACAAGACCAAUCUGUGUGACCUCAUCACCAGUGCCAUCUGUAUCUCAAUAUUAGUGGCAGGGAAAGAGAUCCAAGAACGCUAUAAAGACCGUCUGAAAAUCCCUCUACCCACUGAGCUUGUAGUAGUGGCUGGAGCUACACUGGCCAGUCAUUUUGGAGAGCUGAACAGCCGUUACGGCUCUAGUAUUUCUGGUCACAUCCCCACAGGAUUCAUCCCUCCCCAGCUGCCCGGCUUUAGUCUGAUGUCCCAUGUGGUGCUGGAUGCCAUUCCUUUGGCAGUCAUUAGUUUUGCCUUCACGGUGUCUCUGUCCGAAAUGUUUGCUAAGAAACACGGCUACACCGUCCGUCCCAACCAGGAGAUGCUGGCCAUUGGCUGCUGUAACAUCAUCCCCUCCUUCUUCCACUGUUUCACCACCAGUGCAGCACUGGCAAAAACAAUGGUGAAGGACUCAACAGGCUGCCAGACACAGGUAUCAAGUCUGAUCAGCGCCCUGGUAGUCCUCCUUGUGCUCCUCUUUUUCGCACCUUUCUUCCAAGCUCUUCAGAAAUGUGUGCUGGCUUGUAUCAUCAUUGUUAGCCUGCGGGGGGCACUGAGAAAGUUCAGGGAUGUUCCAGCUAAGUGGCGUGCGAGCCGAAAUGACGCCAUAGUUUGGAUGGUCACCAUGUCAGCCACGGCUCUGAUCAGUGUGGAGCUGGGCCUCCUUAUAGGAGUAAUAUUUUCCAUGAUCUGCAUCAUCUUUAAGACCCAAAACCCAAAGGUGUCUCUCCUGGGCCGGGUUGAUGAUUGUGAUUUUUAUGAGGACGUGGAAGAAUACAAGAACCUUGUGCCCCCACCUCAGGUUCAGGUUUUCCGCUUCCAGGCUCCUUUGUACUACGCCAAUAAGGACUCUUUCCUCAAGGCUCUCUACAGAGCUGUCAGAGUCGAACCCUUCUUGGAGCUGACCAAGAGGAGAAAGGCAGAGAAGAAGGCCAAAGAAGCAUCCAUGAAGGAGGCCAAGGCAAACGGGGAGAAAAACAACAGAGAUGUUAUAGUAGGGCUGGUCCAAAGAGAACUGGAGUUCCACACAAUAGUUUUAGACUGCUCUGCCAUGCCUUUCAUAGAUUCGGCAGGUUUGGCCACUUUUGUAGGGGUGGCCAAGGAAUAUAAAGAGAUUGGAGUGAAUGUGCUCCUUGCCUGCUGCAACACCUCAGUCAUUGAUACCCUGCAGAAGGGAAAAUACUUUGGUGAGAAUGACAAAGAUAUGAGCAGCCUUCUGUUUCACACAGUUCACACUGCAGUUCUCCAUGCAAACAGUGCAGCUGCAGGAGCAGAGAGCCGGUCAGAGGACUCAGAGGUGUAGGUGAGCCGCAGGAGGGAAAGAAAAGAGAAAAUAUGCGCUCUGUUCUUCUUUUCUGUGCUUAACAUUGUUUAGGCAUCAGUUAGGACAUUAGUUAGCUCCAUGAUGCUUUUUUGUAACUUCAAAAACAGUAAGAGUACUGAUAGUUUUGAAAUUUUGUGCCUGUUAAAUUUAAUCUGCCCAAAAAGCCUUCUUUAAAGCUAAGCUCUAAAGAGAUGGACUCAAGUUGAAAUUGAAAAAAGCUAGCCUAAGUAAAUGGAAGAUUAUAUCAAUUCAGCUAACAUAUUCACUAAUAGUGAGUGAGAAGUAACUUAAAAUGUAACAUUUUCCAUUUUUUUUUAAAGUGGAAAGAACUUGUAAAACCACAAAAAUCCAACUGUAUUUUUGUAUACUUGUAAAUCCUUCUAAAAAUACUUAAUGCUUUUCUUCCAAAUUCAGAUUAAAAAAUUAAAGAAAAUAAAGGGAUGAUUUUUCAAAGCGAGCUGAAAUGCAAAUGGUCCCCAAAGAGACACUAAUUCUGUAUUUGGCUUUCUUAUUCAGUAGUUGUUACCUGUGUUUUGUUCUGUCCUCCCGGCAGGAAAAGGGAAUGAAUGGUAAGAGUAGUGAAACAAACGCACCCAUAGCUUCUCAGUGCUAAUCACUGAGUGUAGCUGUUGUAAAUCACUGGUCAGACAAAAUGUUUUACAUUGUAGAAGAUUAAAGCUAUCCUGCUAAAGCAUUAGUGAUAAUUAUUGAUAAGCUGUAAUAGCACAGUAAGCACUGAUAAACUCUGAAUCUGUGUGUGUUUGUGGUGCUUAACUGGACUGAUGUCUGCUUGUUUGUGUGUUUUUAUUUAUUUUUUUAAUUUUUUCAUUCCCAAGCUAGUUUCCCCUCAGUUUCUGACUAAUAAGCUGUGUGAAGUUUUAAUGUAACAUGCAUAUUCCACAAUAUGGAAAUAUUGUUUACUGCAGUGAAAGGUAGGUCAGCUCUGUUUAUAUCACUUGAACCACUUGGCUGAAGUCCCGAAUGGCUUUUGUCCAGGAGUCUAAAUCAUUUCCAAAAGGCUGGUUAAUCUUUUCCUGACCCAAGGAAGAAAGGUUUUGAAUAAGACGUGAGGGAAAUGUGCUUUUCCGGAGUGAGCCAUGUACUCUUGAACUGCUCCGAUGAUCCAAAAAAAAAAAAAAGGCAUGGAAAAACCCAUCAUAAGAUUAAUAU